CAAAGCGUGUCGGUCAUGCGCACUCGCAACUACGAACUCGCUUAUGGAGGAACUCGCUGCUGGCCACGCCUCCUUUCCACCCGAGCGGAGGAGGCGGGGCCAGGGCCGCCCACAGAGGACUGUGACGCUGUGAUGGGAGACAGUUUCCAGGACCAGCUGGUGGAGGACAGCGUCUUCCUGAAAGCUGACCACAGACUGGACACCGAGCUGGUGGACAAACUGAUCCUGCAGCUCAACAGAAUCUACCCACAGGUUCUCACAGACAAAGAGGCCACCAAGUUCCGAAACUUGGAUGUACCCACUAGUGUUCGUCUGGGAGAACUCCUGACACACCUACAGGAGAAAGGCGAGGAGGCGUGUAGAGAGUUUUACAGAGCUCUCCAUCUGCACAUAGAAGAGGUGUACUACAGUUUACCCACUCGACUCCGCCUCCGAGAUUCAUCAGACCCACUCACACAGCCACGUGCCUACAAACAGAGAUGCCCUCUAAAUGAUAGAGGUUCCGUGUUCUUUUUGGGCUGUCUCAGUUUGGCAGUGGGAAUGGCUUUACUCUGUUACUACGCAGAAGCUGGCUUGACGGGAGGCAGCCGGACCCUCGGCGUGGCUGCUCUGGGUUUGAAAAGAAAAGCUGAAGAGGUUCUUAUAUGGUACACUGAAGAAAGCCUCCUGAAAUAAUGGACGAGUCCUUCACAUCAGCAGUGCUGCUGUUCAGACUGCUGCACGUACACCGAACCACAGCACACUGUCUCUGUGAAAGGGCCCAACACUAAUUUUGUAAAUGGAUGUUCUUUUUUUGUGAUUUGUUCAAGAGAAACAUUUGGUGCUUUGUCCCCCCCCGACAUGUUUAAGGAUGUCUAUAAAAAAUUAACACUUAAUCCUAAAAUCAAAAACAUGUGGAUUAAACAACUUGUUUGCACUACAAACAAAUAUGCACAUCAUAUGCUUUUCCACCCUGAGUUUUAAAAAUGUUUGGAAAUAAUUGCAAAUUAACCAGUCUUGUAUAAUCAGAAUAUUUAAUAAAAUACCUAGCUUUCAGGAAA